AUGCCGCUGCCGCAGCUGUCCGGACUCGUCGUCGGCCUGCUGAUACUGCUGACGUCGGCCACCUUCCCGGUGGUGGUGGCUCGUUACUCCCACCUGCACACAGCUACCAACUACUACAUCUGCACGCUCUGCCUCAUCGACUGCCUGCUGGGGCUGGUAUACGUGACACACUCGACGUUGCGCUUCGCCCUGUCGCUGCAGUCGCCGACGUUCUGCCUGUCUACGCUGGCCGCCACCACCUUUUCGCUCACCGCCUCCAACGUCGUCAUUUUCUGGCUGGCGCUGGACCGGCACACGGCCCUGCGUAACCCACUCAGCUACCCGCUUCUGGUGACGUCCGGCACCGUCCUGCGCCGCGUGCUGCUGGCCGCAGCGCUGGCGCUGGUGGUCAACGGUCUGGGCAUCUGCUGGCAGCUGCUGGCCGGUCACCGGCUGCCGGACGCCGUGUCUGACUGCUUCACCGCCUCAGUGCGUAUACUCGGCGCUAAGGCGAGCGCGCUACUCUACAUCACCAACCUCGGCAUAGUGACGGCCACGCUGCUGCUGAAUCUGACAUUAGCGUGCUCAGCGCGCCGCCUGCUGCGUCGCAGUCUGCACGUGCGCCAGUUCUACUACCUGCUGCGCAUCUUCCUGCUGUACGGCAUCUGCCUGGUGCCCUUUAGCGUGCAUGGUCUGAUGCAAGCGCUGACGAGCAUCAAGCCCGAGGUGGAUGAGGUCGACCCCUGGUGGGUGGUGGUGGUCAUCAUGCGCGCACUCUUCAACUUCGCCGACAGCUGGCUGUACUGCAGCAGCCCGGAGUUGCGCCAGGCGCACCUACACUUCUUCUGCGGCGCCAGUUUGUACCCAUAG